AAUGCUGUGGUGACUAAUGCUGUGAAUUGCGUACAAAUAACUGUAAUACAAAUAAUAGUGGAUUUAAUUGAUGUAAACAUAGCUGUUGUUCACAUUUGAAUGACACAUCCAUUGCUGUCCAUAAUAUGUGUAUUCAUUGAAUUGCUUUCCAUUCAUAUCGUGGUCUCAUUCACGGCCUAAAUGUCCGCAUAUUUACCACUCAUUUCACAUCCAAUUCACACAUCAAUUGACGGCUAAAUCCCGACCGAAGACUAAAUGCAAACCAAUGUCUGAACCGAAAGACCGAAUAUUAUCUGAAUUCACGACUCGGACGGCAACUGAUCCGGGAUUUGCUCGCGAUUUACUCGACUGUAAUGAAUGGGAUGUGAAGUCAGCGCUGAAUGCCUUCUAUAGGAUGAAUGGCUUACUGGCCGUCAAUGACACCAAACACGAGGAAUCGUUGGACACGAAUGGGGUUCACAUGAAUGACAAGAAGUGUCGCGAAGAGAGUUUGCCACAACUGGUGACCAUUAAGUGCAGUUCAGAGCCAUCCCUGUCCUCUCAUUCAUCCCAGUGUUCAGACGAGUCGUCCAACACGUCGUCGCCAUCAAAGUUAGCCAUCCAUUCAAAAGCAGACGACUCGACGGCUGAUGUCAUGGAGGAGACCAACAAGAAGUUGAGUCGAGGCAUCUCCAGAGCCACAGAUAAUGUCAACUUAGUGUCCAAAGCGCGCAAUGAGUUCGCACAAGACUUCAAAACUUCUUGUCGAGGAAGUCGUCUCUUAAAUACCACUAAUUUUCUCGAGACCCCAGACUUCACGUUCACAUUACCCGACCUUUCCAUACAUCCCGAGGACUUCAGGCUAUUCUUAGAGCAAGACUUGAUAGAGAAGUCGACUCUCGUAUCACUCGAAUCUUCCCAAAGACUUAACUGGUGGUCACAGGUCUGCCAGAAGUUGUGGCCGUUGGCCACCACUGGUGAUGGCAACUGUCUAUUACACGCCGCCUCCUUAGGGAUGUGGGGUUUUCACGAUAGGCUACUAGUGCUGAGGAAAGCAUUACAUGCGUUGCUUUCCAACAGUUCAUAUACGGCAGCGUUUUAUAGGCGAUGGAAAUGGCAAACAUAUUUCCAGAACUUUAAGGCCGGACUCAUAUUCUCUGAGAGCGAAUGGCGUCAAGAAUGGGAUUGUCUGCUAAAAAUGGCUUCAACUGAACCCAGAGUUAGAGCUCAUUCUGAUUACAAGAGUUCUGAACUAAACGGCGGCAAAAAGGACGACCCGUUAGAUGAGAUUCAACCACAUGUUUAUGAAAGUCUUGAAGAGAUCCACAUCUUUGCGUUGGCGCACGUUCUGCGGCGACCUAUUAUAGUGAUCGCAGACACUAUGCUUAAAGACAUAACUGGCGAAGCAUUCUUUCCGAUACCUUUCGGUGGUAUAUAUCUGCCACUCGAGUGUCCGGACAAUAAUCUCAUGAAAUCUCCACUUUGUCUCACUUACGACGCCGCCCAUUUCUCGGCGUUGGUUUCAAUGGACAAAGAGAUCCAAUUCGUUGACAAUCAUCCGUCGCCACCGCCGGCAGCCAUUCCUCUCAUGGAUUUUGAACACAAUAUACUUCCGCUUCAGUUUGUUGUGGAUCCGGGAGAGGAUGUGUUCAACAAAGAACAGCACUUUUCCGAUGAAAUGGUUGAGCGGCUGACUCUGAGUGAAGGCCAGAAACUGAAACUUUUGAAGCAAUACUUUGACGUGAAUUCCAUCGAUUGUCCGAAAUCUGAAACAGAUUUAGUAAUCGAUAAGAAGCCAAACAAACGGAACGCAAAAUUAAGUGCAAUGGAAAAGUCGCGAACACUUCCGAGUAGUUUUGAAUCGGACGACAGCUCUUCAGACGCGCCCUCGGCCUCCAGUGUCGGCGGAAGUGUUAGUAAAGCGAAAGCAUUUAGUAGUAAAGCCGCCAAACAGUUGCUACAGAUUACCAAACAUUUCGGAUCUCUCGGAAGAAUGAGUAAACGAAUUAAGAAAAAUUUGGGAACUUUUGCCAAAAGAGGCACUUCUUUCAGAAGUAAAACCAAUGGUUUAUCUCAGACUAAGACUUCGGAUUUGAAAACUACCAAAAACGCCAACUCUAGUGAACACCAAAAAGUGUCUGAUUGUGAACUCAACAGUCAUUGUCCGAUAGACUGGAAUAAAAUAAUAGUCGCGCUUUUGCAUACAGACAGACGGCAUAUAUAUUACGAUGAGAUGAUUAGAAACUAUUUAAACACAGCUCGAGCUCGCUUUCUGAGGCAAUGUCGAGAAAAGAAAGCGAUUCCGUGUACCGGUGCUACUGGACCAGUGAUUACAAGCAAAUCUAGCCCUACGCCAGACAACGAUCACUCAAAUCUGACAUUAUGUGUGAAUACCGGUUGUAAAAUGUUCGGUACAUUACAUAACAACUAUCUGUGUUCGUCAUGCUUUGCACAACAGAAGCAACAGUUGACAGACAAUGACAACAACUAUACGAAUAGUACUGAUUGCCACAAACCCAAUGAUAUAUCAAAAGAGGUCGAUCUGGAGUCGGAUUCGCAACACUUGAAAGUGUCCUUAAAUUCGCCAAAAAGUAAAUUAGUUGACGAGGACUUAGUAACAGUAAAAGUAGGACUUUCUAACUUCUACGUCCCCACCUCUAUCUGAACCACUUUACAACUGCUUGAAAAUAUUCAUCACAUUAUUUUAGACUCAAUUUUUGUAAAUACAGUCAAUCACCCAUUGAUGACCACUUAGUGCAACAUUACAUGUAUUUUAAUACGAUAACUCAUUUGAUCCCA